AUGGCAGUUCGGCCUGGUGAAGAGAAUGUUGCGACCCUCUUCGGAGACGUUCACUAUUUCUACGGACCUCCCGAAGCAAAGCUGCCUCAUCAUCGGUUUGACAAAGGCUCUUACGUAUACCUGUUCGAGAAUGCGAACGACCGAAGGGCGCGGAUUGAAGUUGCGAACCAGCCAGGCACGGAUGAUCAAGAUGCUUUUGACGGAUAUCUAGAUAGAACGAGGAUUCGGUAUUCCUAUAGGCAACAAUGUCUCGUAAACAUCUUGGUCGAGGGCGUAGCCGGUACGCCGAUAGACCAGAGUCAGUGGCAUCUUCCAACGUACGAUCCUCGAAAUGAGAAUAAAUACCAUUACAAGCUCCAUUCUCUCGACAUCUACUUCUGGACUCAUGGCGAUGCUCUACAGUUUGUCAAUGGUGUACGACGAGUCCUACCCGCAUCUCAGGUAGAGGUUGCAGAUGAGCCUGGUCCACCGCCACACUCAUAUGGCCAGUUUCAAGACACGAAUCCUCUAGUUCAGAAGCUAGAAAAUGUUGCCAUCUCAGAUCCCAAGUAUUCGAGCCCCAAACCAGCACCUCAAGGUAUACCUACUUUUGCGCCUCCUCCAACCUCUACGGCGACAGACGACAGUAAGAAUACCUCACCUCAAAGCUUUGCACCUAUAGCGUACAAUCCCGCCGCGCCACCAGCUGCAGAACAGAGGAUACACAGGGAAAAGACUCCUCCGCCCGAGGAUGACGGACACGAUCCUCUCGCGGCUGCCGUGGCUCGUGAUCAUAUUCCCCCUUAUACUCCUGGGUACGGAGCAACGAACUUCUCUGCGCCGCCGGGUGGUCCCGGUCUUCCCGGCCCUCCGCAGGUGCAUCCUGGUCUGGCGAGUCCUGGUCUAGUUAGCCCCGGUUUAGUCAGUCCAGGUUUACCAACACCCGGUAUCGCGAGUCCGGGCUUCCCGCCGACUCAAUUCGGACACCUGCAACGUUCGUCUACAGUCCCGGUCUCCGGUCUGGCAUCGCCCGGUCUCGUGAGCCCAUACGGUGCCAACUUCCCUGGAUCGCCCGGAUUCGCACCGCCGCCACCACCACAGACCACGCAGCACCAGCCUACCCCACCACCUCUUCAGAGCCCUGGUCUACCACCACCGCCCCCAGGUGGAUAUUCACACUAUAGCUACAACAAUGCGCAGCCAGCACCGGGGAGUGUGGAUUAUGGUAUCCACCAGCAACUAUACCGGCCAACCGAACAAGAGCACGCGUCUAAAUACGAAAAAUACAAACCCAAGGUUGAGGGUCAGAGUAGGCUAGGCCAAAAUGCGGAGCGGCUGGAGAAAGGUGUCACGGGGAUGUUCAAGAAGUUUGAAAAGAGAUUUGGUUGA